GUUCGGAUCUCGGUGGUUCGGACUUGUGACUGUAAGACGUCCCUGAGUCCAUCCAGAUCUGAUAGGUACCUGCCUUAAGUUGGGGAAAGUAAACGCAGAUGGGCAUGGUUUACAAGAUAGGUACCUGCCUUAAGUUGGGGAAAGUAAACGCAGAUGAUCAUGGUUUACAACACCAUCCUUUCAUAUGCAGAGGUCAAGAAACAUAAACUCUACUUCAUCUGCCCAAUGGAUCACAAGGUGUAAAGAAGAAUGUAUACUUUUUGUUCCUCUGAUCAACUUUUCAUGUGAGGCUGAAAUCUGAAUUUAAAAUGUACACAGACAAAGUCUUGCCUUUGUUAGCAAUAUUCAUUUGUCUACUACCAGCUACUGAAAUGGUAAUGACCUUUGACCCUUUCAGUCCAACUUCAGUUCCUAUACCGUACACGUCACCCAAGUUGACAAAAAUCAACAGUCCAGUAAAAUGCAGCUCAGAUCAACCUGGUGGAUUUUGUACAUGUGACGUCACCACAGCAGGUAUACCGUUUGAGCUGACGAAACUUUCAGGAGAUACAGACCCCUAUGUUUACUACUAUGGUACUGCCAGUCUGGUUGCUGCUACAAUUUACAACGUGGAGGUCACGUGCAAAGAAAACAAUGUCAAUCCCGGCUUCAAAAGAACGCUACAAGUAGAGGCUACAGCCAACAAGCCACCAACAAUUACAGGCUACCCAACAGUCACCACGUCUACUGAUGCCAGUAACACAGGUCAGUACGAUCAGGUCUACAAGAUCGCUUACACAGAUCCAGAGAAAGACGCGGUGUCUUUUACAAUGAAGCAAACUCCAAGCCUCGGACUGUUUUCAAUAGGGGCAGCUGACGGUAUCAUCCGAUCCACUGUUGACCUCAGGUAUGCCACAGUUUCGGCCUUCACCUUGACGGUCACUGCCAACGACGGCCAUAAUCUGAUCUCAGAUUUCAUCGUCAAACUUUCACUAACUAAUCUGAACACUGUCCCAUCUAUCAGCAACCUACCGGCUGUUACUACAACGGUGCUCGAAUCAGCCAAGGCUAAUGACGUCAUCUGGACUUUUAAUGUGGUGGAUCCUGAUCCGUACGUUAACCCCUUCGUUCCUGUUUGCGCAACUUUUGACAGCAGCGACGUCACCAAAUUUAAAUUUACUGCUACACAGAUUCUGGUUGCCUAUGACAAUGCUUUGGACUAUGAAACUAAAACAACCUACAAGAUUACAUGUACGCUAUUUGACGGGUUUCUGAGCAGCUCAGGUGACGAAACACUCACUAUUUUUGUGUCAGAUGUGAACGAAGCGCCCGUGUGGUCCAGCAACAAUUAUUUCUGCAAUAUUAAUGAAGGGGCAGCUAACGUACCGUCAUGCAUCCUUGGUGGGAGUGUGAUUGACCCUGAAGGGGACAGUUUUUCAGUGGAUAUUUCAGGAGACAGCGGCUAUUUAAAGUUUGACAUAGGUCUCGGCAGGAUUACUUUCGCCAAAGACUAUGACCUUGAUCAGGUGGGCAUGGCCCAAGACAUUACGGCCAUAUUUAAAGCCAUCGACAGCAAGGGGGCCACCAGCUCAGCGACAGUCUAUGUGCACGUGACUGACGUCAACGACAACGCAUGUGUGACCAAUGCUGGAUUAACAUACGUCACACUGACAGAUACUGAUCCGCUCAAAACAUUGGGAACAUUGACACAGCUUGACAAGGAUGUGACGUCACCUAACAAGGAUACACACUUUGAGGUUUUUUCUGUGUCACCUAAAACAUCAAGUGACCAUAUCAUGGUGACACGAACUGGUGAAGUCUAUUACACGAAACUGUUUGCUGCCGAUCAGGCCGGCACCUCCUUCAAGGUCAAUGUCGUCUGUGUUGAUAGCGGCACACCACAGCUAAACACCACAACAGCUGUUAUCGUCACCUACAGCCCGGCUACAACACCAUCAACAACACCAACAGCCAGUACCACAGCCUCGACAACAACAACUGAGGCCGACAUCUGGGACAAGACAGAGUUCAAAGCGUUGUUUGGUUCCCUCAUUGGACUGGCUGGCCUUCUGUUUGUGGUAGGACUAGCAGCAUUGGUGGCGUACUGCUGCAGCAAGUAUCGUCCCAAAAUAAAGACACCACCCAAAAAAGUAGAGCCGUACAGAAAUUCAACGGAUCAAUUGGAACAAAUUAGACCAGAACAAAGGACUGUACCCUCCCCGCCGCUAGAUCACAGUUGGACUCCCCAGGCCUGGCCAUUAAGCAACACAAGACCCAUACCAGAGGGAACGCAUUACUUCCACUACCACUAACGAUGAAAAUGUUGGAGUUUUUUAAUUUUAUUUUUUAUCAACUUGAAAAUAUCUUUUUUUUUUAAAUCUAUUGCUUAAAACAUUAGACAACUCUUGUUUUAUCUAUUGGAAAAUGUCUUUUUUUUUAAAUCUAUAACUUAAAACAUUAGACAACUCUUCAUAAAUUAACCCCUAUAAAACAUCAGGUAGAUAGACCACACAACAUACUCCACAUUAACCUGAUAGGGUGAACUUGAAAUAUUGCACAGGUCCAAAGACCAAACUAGUCUGAUUACACAAAGUUACAAUGCUGAACGUUUUGUAAGGGAUGUAUUUUAUUCGCGCACACAAACAACACAUGUAAACACAUUAAUUAGAGACAACAUACUCAAGAUAACAUUUUCAAGAACAAAAACACACAUGUAGACAAACUAAAAAGAAUUGAAACAACCAUUGGCAAACCAGCAAUAAUAACUAAAUGUAUAUUUCAAAUGUAUUGACAAAAAAACGACAACACAAAUAAGUAGGUAAAAUGUAAGUAAAAGAUAUUAUGAUUGUUAAACAUUUAUUUUAUCACAACUAAAGAUCGAAGGUUGAACAAUGCAAACAAAAAAUUCUGUCCUCGACCAUUGAAAGGAAAGCAUUAAAAAAAAGCAACUAAAAUCUUUUGGCUUUGAGUGUUGAUCACACAUUUUGAUAAAAAUUUAAAAAAAAAAAACUUUUCCAACAAACAAAUAUUUUAAAACUCUGAGGAAAUAAAUGUGUAAAUCAUAAAAAUGAAAAGCUUUUAAUUAAUUGCAUUGAAAAUAUAUGUUUUAAUUGUUUAAAAAUCUAUGCAUGUACAUAAAAUGCAAAUGUCCAGUUUAAUAUUAGUUAAACCUGAAAUUUAAAACUGUUAAUUACUUCUAAAACUUUGAGCAGAGAAAUCCCAAACGAUUAUAAAAAGAUAUUAAACAUUUUUUAUUGAG